AUGAUUUAUUCAUUAUUUUCAGUGGACAUAGAAAACAAUAAAAAAAUAUUUAGAUCAACGAAACCUCAAUCAAUUAGCAAGAUAAAUUACAUUUUUAGUGAGUUUAUAAGUUCUUUACAACAUGUGAUAUACAAAGAUUUAUAUAAUUAUGUAUCUAUAGGUUUAUCAAAUACAAUGUUUAUAGUUGCACAAAUAUCAAAGGAUCAUUCAAUAUCAGAAGUUAAUGAUUACUUAGAAAAGAUAAGAACAUCUGGAGUUGAUGAUUUAUUUGAUAUUCUAAUAUCAUUUGAUAACAUUCUUUAUAAUGGCUAUGCAAUAAAUGAUGAUAUACAGAUGAUAAAAAGUAUGGAUAGUCAGGAUGAGAAAAUACAUGAAUUGAUGUUAGAACAUAGGAAACAAGAGAGAAAAGAAUUAGAAAAAGAAUAUAAAAGGCAAAGGAAUCAAGACAAAUUAAUUGAGAAAAUAUUAACCAAAGAAAAGUUUAAAAAUACCUUUGAUUCUUUUAAUGAACCAGUUUCUAAGAUAUUAACAUCAGAUAAACCGGUGAUAAUUUCGUUAAAAGAAACAGUUGAUUGCACAAUUAGCAGUGAAAACUUUAUUAAAGAAAAUAGCGUAAAAGGUGAAUUAAAUUUAACAAUAACUGAUGAAUAUUAUCAAAAUAUUAAAAUAAUGUACUGUAAUAUCAUUGAGAAUGCUAAGUUUUCACCAUUUUUAGAUAAAGAAUUAUUGAAAGAAAAAAUAUUAAAAGUCAAUAAGAAUGUUCAAACUAAUAAAAAAGUACCCUUAGUAAAAUAUACUACUAAACAUAGUCAAUUACCAAUUUCUAUUGAUUGUUGGUCAUCAAAUGAGGAUGGUCAGAAGGUAGAUUCUUUGACAUUUACAGCAUCAAAAGAUAUUAAAAAUCUUUAUAUUCAAUUUAACACUAAAAAACUAACAAGAUUAGAAAUUGAUGGAAGGUAUGAUGAGAUUAAUGAUGAAAUAAGAUUGAAUUGUGGAACAAUUAAAAAGGAUGAUUCAAUAAUGUAUGAAAUUAAACACUCAGAAAGAGACCCAAGUGGAAUAUUUCCAUUAUCACUUAGUUUUGAGACUGAUAUGGUAUCUAAUCUAAAAAUAACAAAAGUCUUUAGUAAGGAUGAUCAAAUUGAUGACUUUGACUUUAUUAAAGAUUUCACCAUCAAUAGUUAUAUAAUUGAAGAAUAA